AUGGCUUCUACUUCUCAUGUUUGGCUUAUCACUGGCUGCUCGGCUGGUUUUGGAAUUUCGAUCGCUCGUACAGUGCUAGCCCAUGGACAUAGGGUGAUUGCGUCCUCCCGUAAUCCUUCGAAAACUCCAGAGCUGGUAGAAGAGAUUGCGAGACUUGCACUGAAGACGGUUGAGAAAGCCCAGGCAAUUUAUGGUCGCCUCGAUGUUCUUGUCAACAACGCAGGCUUCGCGGUUUUAAGCGCACUUGAAAAUGUCGAUGAAAUUACCGUGAAAGCAGAGUUUGAAACCAACGUGUUGGUGUCAUCAAAGUCACAAAGGCUAUGCUACCAAUCAUGCGAGACUCACGCUAAGGAACUACUGUCAACAUCAGCUUCACUUGAGUUGUCAUCCUUUGGUAUCAGAGUUCUCCUUGUAGAGCCCGGCGCUUUUCGAACCAACUUUUUGGGCCACGGGGCUGUAUCCUACCAGUCGCCCAGCGAGCCUUACAUGGGAACAGCAGUCGAGAAAACCAUGCAGUAUCUACAGGCAGAGCACGGGACUCAGCCAGGUGAUCCGAGAAAGGCGGCGGAAAGGAUUUAUGAAGUCGUCAUGGGAGAAGGAAUGGCUCAUAACAGAAAGCAAUAUCUAAGGUUGGUUUUGGGCAACAAAGCUUACGACACUGCCCAGCUGAAAGUUGACCAGCUUCGCGAGAACUUCUGCGCGUUGGAGGACAUCUCGAAAAGCACAGAUUAUUCCUAG